ACAUGCAAGGUACAUGCUGACCAGAGGAAAUAUGUUGACACUGCCAUUCGAGGAACCUCAUAUAAUGUGUGAGCCGCGGUUUGGUGCCAAUUAUCCCCGUGAAAGCUUACCUGAGAGCCUGGAGCAGGAGCGACAACAUAACCCUGACAGAUCCAACUCAGACAUGAGGGAGAUCGAGGACGACAUCUCCGACAGAGAUGAGGACGAGAGAGAGGACGAUCAGGAUGAAAACGGGCUUCCUAAAAAGCGAGGCCCCCGAAAAAAGAAACCGGGCAAAGAGCAGGUUGACAGGGCCAAACUCAGGCGCCAGGAAGCCAACGCCCGAGAGCGCAGCCGGAUGCACGGCUUGAACGCUGCGCUAGAGAGCCUGCGUAAAGUUGUGCCGUGCUACUCCAAAACUCAGAAACUGUCCAAGAUUGAGACCCUCAGACUGGCUAAAAACUACAUCUGGGCCCUGUCAGAGACUCUUAGCGCAGGGAAGAGACCGGACCUCCUCGCCUUCGUACAGACUUUGUGUAAAGGAUUAUCUCAACCAACGACCAAUUUGGUGGCAGGUUGUUUACAGCUGAACGCGAGAAACUUCCUCACAGACCACAACGGAGAGGUGAUGUUCUCUGGGGGCGCCUACGAUGCCAUGUACCCGUAUCCUGGAUCAGACAUGAACACCCCCCCGGCCACAGCGAGUAGCUUGGACAGUAGCGCCAAGCCGUUCCGUCACUACAGCUACAGCAGCGCCUACGAACCCUACUACGAGAACCAGUCCCCGGAGAGCGGGAGCCCGCAUUUCGACGGCCAGCUGAGCCCACCAAUGAACUUUAACGGGAUUUUCUCCCUAAAACACGACGACCCGCCAGAGUACGGCAAAAAUAGCCACUAUGGCAUGCGCUACUGCGGUGCGCCAGGGCGCACGGCUCUUGCGCAUAACUCCAUGUACCGAGUCUCCCCAGAGGCCCGUUUCCCUUACGAUCUGCACGUCCGCAGCCAGUCCUUCCAAGCACAAGGAGAAGUUAAUGGCUCUUUCCACAAUUAAUCAAUCAGCUGGACAAAGUUCAAGCUUGAGAAGCGAUGCAAUUUUCCCCCACAGAUGUCGUGAGUGGAAUGAAAUUGACUCAGACAGGCUGAUGCACUGCAAAAAUGCCAACUGAAACAAGUCAUUUUUUGUGUGUUUUGAAAGAUGACACGAAGCCAGAAUUUCAGAUGAAAGGGAUUCACAAGUUUCUUGUUGUUGUUCAGUUUCAUUCGUCUCAAUAUAAACUUUAAACACACACACACACACACAC